AUGGCACGUCUAAAGCAGCCGCCAAGGGUGAGCGCAGCGGCUGAAUCAUCUCCACAGCCCAGCUCUUCCCAUGCUUCCGACUUCUUUCAUCCUGCGGCAGAUGAUCAAGCAGCCAUCGAACAGCUCCACACAGAAUCUCUCGCGACAGACGCACCUCCACUACCUCCUUCACCCGCCGUAUUCAUUGGCGCAGAGCUCCUCAAUGCUGCACGAAUAGAUCACCGACGUAAUAGCCCUGUGAUUGACAUGGCGCGUAAGAAUCGCGCCGGUAAGCUCAAGCGGGCGAGCUUGAUCCCCGAGAGCGCUAGGACGAACCUCGCUGUACGAGGUGAUGUAUAUGAGAUAGAGCUUAGCCCGGAAAAGGGGAACUACGCGCUGCCUGAGAAGGUGAACAAAAAGCCGCUCAAGAUUGUAAAGAAGAAGCCACACGCACUCGCGAAGCUUAGGCCGGCAGAGGAUCUGGCUUCUACCCAUCCAGACAUGCGCUCUUCUCCACCCCAAGUUGCCCCCGUUGGAAGCGACAGCAUUGCCAUUGAUACCGUAACAGAGGAGAUUCUUUCGAGUAAAGCAAAUUCCCAUGCUAAUGCACCCGGGAAUGUAAGAAUCGAGGAGAGCCUUGACAAUGGGAAACCCAGAUGCACAGCAGUCUUCUACAAGUACGAUAAAAUUACUGGACCAGCUUAUAGGCAAUGCUUACGUCCGGGUACCGGACAGACCGACGAUGGUUUCAGAUGCGGAAUUCACCUUGGUAAACCCCCUGUUGUUCGUUGUGGAGAGAUGGCCAUUUCCGACAACGUUACCACGCAGUGCUACAGGGCUGCUGCCAAGGUAACCGCCAACGGCCCACGAUGCCCGACUUGUAUCGAACAACAAGGUUAUGAAACAACGCCACGUGAUAAGCGAAAGUCAGCACCGAUUCAUCAAGAGGACCAACCUACGAAGAUUCAGAGGAGAAAAAGUGAACCUGCGGGUAAGCCUACAUCCUCCGAAAAGACCAAGAACCAAGUGCGGGAUUUGCAAGAAGAGAGCUCAAAUCCAGCACCAGCUAGGAAACGGGGGAGACCGCAAAAAGACGGUAGCAUUGCCUCUACCGAACUAAACCACCAGCUCCCGACAAGAACACACAAGAGCGGAUCCCGACCAACGAUAUCGCAGGAAGAGACUGGACGCGUGGGCCAACUACCUGAGAGCAUUGAUACAGUGUUUAGUUUCCUCGACCUUGAAGAGCGUGAAGGGACAUGCCAGACUAAGCGCGCCAGAAAGAUCUUACACGUGUGUGAAAGGUAUUGUGCAAAUUUCCAGGAUGACACUCACUCAAUCGACGCUGUUACGCAAAAUGCCAUGAAGAUACAAGAGGCACUACAACAGACGCCUAAAUAUUACAGUACUGAAAUCGGAAAAAAACAUCAACUUGCAUUCAAGAGUGAUGCAUACAGCUUCGUCUUUCGCGCUCUUACGCUAUAUCUUCGAGAUUUGCACGAUUGGCUAGUCAAAACAUAUGAGUCUGCAACAGAGUCUUUGGAAAGCUUGCGUGUAAUAGCCCCAUUGAUGCAGGAGAUUUUAGCAUUCAAUGAUGCAAUCAGGCAAUGGCACGUCACUGUACCUCAGCGUCAAAAGGGUGAUAGAGUAGUCAAGGAUGUCCAAAGCCGACUUAUUACGCCCCUGCGGCGGGUCAGUCAAUCACUCAGUGUUCGUCUAAGCCAACUACAGGAGGGAGAGGAACGUUGUAAGCAAUAUGAGAAAAUGGAAAGAAGGAUGAAAGAACGCCGCGAUGCACAGAGUGAACAAAUUCGAGCUAUCGAGGCAAUGGAGGAACGGAAGAAGCGCUGGCAAGACCUUCAUAUCGUGCGAAUGCAAUGCGAACCCGAUGUAUACAGGCGGCGGAAGCUGUUCCACACCAGAUUUGAAGAUCUGGUGGAGAGAGAUGCGAACGGUGUCAUUUUCGAACGAUUGCCGAUUUUCAAACCCCGUUCUACUCCACCGCAUAGCCAGGUUUCGGAGCUUGCGGAUGAAGUGGAGUGGACCGAAGACGAAGAGACUGCUGUGCUCGAGGGCUUGCAGUAUUGUGCGGGCCCGCGCGUCUUUGAGAAGAUAUUCAAGACGUAUUGUGACCCCAGGUCUUCGCAUUCGCGCGGGGGCGACCUGCGUAACCGCAGUGUUGCAGAGAUUAUCUCAAAGGCAAGAUGGAUUCGGUCGACGAUGUUGACCUUGCGUCAAGAAAGUGGCGAGCCGGUGGAGGAAUGGGUAACUGGGAUUCCGAUUUUACCGUAG